CUGACCCAGGGAGGUCAUGUUUAUCUCCCCCUGGGUCAGUGCAAGCAAAACAGCUGCUAUGGAUCACUGUUUCACACAGAACAAUGAUUGGAGUAGGCGAAAGGAAUGCGGAGCUGCGAUAGAGACCACUGUGUCAGGUGCCGUGAGACAAGCUGCAAGCAACUGCAAGUUAUGAGAACCAUGCCUUGUUGUACUUAGCAUGUUAUUUGUACCGCUCUAUAUAAAUGGCUGUGUGCAGUUAUUAAAUUGCUUGGCUACUAGAAACCAUAUGGGUGUGUGGCCUCGUCCCUCGCCGCACCUCGGCUGAUUAUUUCUUUCCAGGGGCCCUCGGACUUGUUGUUUGACAACAAUUGGUGCCUGAACAGGGGCGGAACCUUGGAGGAAGAUCGAACAAGGAUCCUAGAGCAAGAUCGAACACGGACCUUGGAGUAACAUCGAACAGCAAAGGAACCUUGGAGUAAGACGGAGCCAAGGCAGCAGUGGCAGACGGUUGUCGCUGGACAUGCAGUAGGUGUUAUGGUAGCUGGCAGAUGGGGCGCCGGACAGGCUAGAACUGUCACGGUAGCUGGCAGACGAGGCACUGGACAGGCUGAACCUGUCACGGUAGCUGGCAGACGGGGCGCCGGACACGUAGGUGUCGUGGUAGCUGGAAGCGGGGCGCAGGACAAGCUGCAGUUGUUGCGGUAGCUGGAAGCGGGGCGCCGGACACGUUGUGGAUGUCACAGUAGGUGGAAGUGGGGCUCCGGACAUGUUGAGGGUGUCACGGUAGCUGGAAACAGGGCACCGGACACACUGUAAGUGUUGCGGUAGUGUCAUGGUUUUAUGAUUUUUGCUUAUCAGUAUUCCACAUCACAACAUCAUGCAGUGAACUGGGAGUUAAAGAGCAAAUGCUUUAGUUCUGGGUACCUGUCUGGAAGAGAAGAAGAACUACGGUCCCCAAGAGCCUUUUCAAGUACUGUUAUCAUUCCUGCUCAAGGGAACAGAUAUAAGGGCACAGGUCAUCUGACUUGCUGCCCUCUUCUCAUCUCGCCGUGUUCCCUGUCGGAUCGGCUCGCUACUGCUGCGCCCGACUGCACGCAAGGCUUCAGUAUUAGCGUAAGGCCUUUGGCUCUCGGACAAUCUUUCUCUCAAUUAUUGUUGAUUUAUAUUGUAUUAUUGUGUGUUAUCUUACAUUCCGAUACUAUAUUUAGUAAAUUAGUUUGUUUCUCCUCAGAUCGUUGCCGCUGUUUUUAAUUAUUUUGGGGUCCCCUGUUUCCCUUCCUGGAGGCGCGGAUUUUGCGAAAAUCCCUCCGCCCCACUAGUCGCGGAACCGGGCCGGACCAGCCCUUAAACCGUUGACAGGUAGCUGGAAGCGGGGUCUCUCCCUUUCCUCUAUCUCCACGAUGCAUUGGGAAGCUGCAGAGAAACUGCUAUUAACUUUUCUUUUUAAGAGUGGGGAGCAAGUAUCUCCUAAAGACCUGUAGGAGCUGGUAAAAUGGGCCCGACGACAUGAAUACUUUACGGAGGUGGCAAUUAUGUUCAGUGUUUCGGAAUGGUGUGAUAUAAGAGAUCAUAUAUGGGACUGCAUGACAUCUGGGGGGAAGGAGGAAAAGUUACUGAAGCCUCUGAAACCACUGUGCCGUGCUGUUGCUAACACCUUGAAGGCCAGGCAGCCAGAACGGCAGAUUGCAGCAAUGGCCAUACACGCUGUAUCGAACAUGGUUUCUCCAUCCACCUCUUUAAUAGAGACACCAGUAAAGGGACUUACGCACCCUGCUUGUUCAUCUGCUGUGGAGCUUAAGGCUGCAGUAGGUUGCUCUGAGUUGGAAGCAGCUGAAGGGGAAACAGCCCCCCCUCCUAAGCCGACUGUGCAGCAACCAAACACUCCUCCUGCUCCUAAAGAGGAGAGAGAAUCAGACAGCGAUUCAGAUGAUGAUUCUAAGGACUUGAAAGUAUUAACUGAAAGGCCGCAGUGCCUGGAGGUUCAGGUGCAUGACAAGAUAAAGGAGACUAGCUUUACAGGGCCACAAGCCCUCUGGGGCCAGCCAAGGGGUCCUGUUGUACCAAGCGCACCUCCACCGCCUGCUGCGGUGCCAUCAGCCCCACCCUGGUGGUCCGGAGUUAUCAGGGAUGCAAUCCUGGAGGGAAACUGGGAGGUCGCAUCUAAGAUCGCUUAUCCAGUUGUAUAUAAUCAGCAAGGCAGUCAGUGGGAGCCGCACGACUGGAAAUUAUUGCAGCAAGUUAGAAAGACCACUAGUGAAUACGGCCUUAAAUCAGAGGCUGCUAAGCAGAUAAUCCAAUGGAUCUUUACUGCAGAUGUUAACACUCCUGCUGACAUCCGAAAUUUAGGGAAAUUGUCACUAUCACCUUCGGAGAAUCUGUUGUUUGUGGCGGUGGCACUACGACCCCCCCGCUGAACGGCCGCCCGUAGCCUCCAGCGGCCCGAGCCCUGACCGCGCCGCUUUCACCGCCCCCCCCACAACUGCCGGCCCGAGCCCGGACCUUGCCGUGGCCACCGCUUCAGCCGCCUCCAACCGGUGCUCUCCAUGGGAGUGCAGGGCUUCCAGGACUACAUCGAGAAGUACUGCCCUAGCGCUGUGGUGCCCGUCGAUCUGCAAAAGCUGGCGUGGGGCAGUCUGGUGGGGGGGGGGGGGAGGGGGGUGGAGAGCGGCGGCAGCCUCCGCAGACCUUUGUGCACUUUCUCACCGAUGGCGACAACUGCCUGCACCGACUCUACAGCGGCUUCUACACGGACUGGGAUGUUCCGCUUAACUGUUUGCUGGAUUAAAUGUCUCGCUGCCUUGUGAUCCCCAGAAACUGUAACUUAUGGGGUCGCAGGCGAUAGGGAACACGUCAAAAAAUUGGACUUCUUGGACUAAUGUAUCUAGUGGUUGUAAAUUUACUUAUCAGGAUGCUGGUGAUUAUUGUGGCACCAAUACAUCAAAAAGACAGGGUUUGGGUGCCUAUGGUAAAAGGUAACAACACGACUAUAUAGUGCAAUGGCUCUGCAAAGGCAUUGCCUCCAGACAUCUUUUUGAUCAGUGGAAACAGAGCGUGGUAGGGCAUCCCCAGCCGGGUGAUAGGUGGACAUUGUUAUUUAGGAAAAUUAACUAUGUUUGCUCCUACGUUUGUGCAGUUUUGAAACAUUAGUCUCUCUAACCGCUCUGACCGUAUGAAGCGUGCUCUGUUAACCCCUGAAUGUAACGAUAACAUUGAGCUUUUAUCGCUUGCCGCAAGGGUUGCACUUUUUUUUGAAAAACUUCUGGUCGAUCAAAACAGCUUAUGGCAUACCUUGCUAUAAAAUCACGCUACCAUAAACUUUCUGUUAUUAGCUCAAGGUCACGGGAUGGCUUACUGGCCUUGUCAAGGAGGGCAUUUGUCUAUUGAUGUUGCUGGUGGUGGGAAUCCUCAUAAUUUGUUCGGUUAUUGCUGUUUUUUAAGAAAAUGCUCUCGAAGGUUACCUCGGCUGUUUUGCUUGUGCAAGAAAAGAACGAGGAAAUUGUGGAUGGACAGCUGACCCAGGGAGGUCAUGUUUAUCUCCCCCUGGGUCAGUGCAAGCAAAACAGCUGCUAUGGAUCACUGUUUCACACAGAACAAUGAUUGGAGUAGGCGAAAGGAAUGCGGAGCUGCGAUAGAGACCACUGUGUCAGGUGCCGUGAGACAAGCUGCAAGCAACUGCAAGUUAUGAGAACCAUGCCUUGUUGUACUUAGCAUGUUAUUUGUACCGCUCUAUAUAAACGGCUGUGUGCAGUUAUUAAAUUGCUUGGCUACUAGAAACCA